AUGCCAGAUGAAGAGCCGGGCACAUCAAAAGAACCUGCAACGGAAUCUCUUCUCACAACAUUUUCAAGCAAAUUUAAAGACAAACUAUGGCAGGCUAGACAAUCGCAGAGAAUCAAGGAUGAGGGAGAGCCGUUAACAAUAAAAAGCUCGAUUUCUUAUCCUCCUGGGCCUGUAUAUUCUCCUCCAUGGCCCACUGAGCAAACUUGGACAGCCGGGUGGAAAAGGUUAAAGUCGAUCUAUGAAGCCGAAGUGUCAAUGGAAAGAGACGUCAUUCGAAAAGUCUGUACGACAUCGUUUAUUGCCGCUUUUCUUCUUGGUGGUGCGUCAGGAUAUCAAGAAGCCGGAAGGGUUUAUGAGCAAACGCAUGUCGGAAAAGCUUAUCUUUCACAACGAGACGCUUUGGUACGAAGGAUGGAUUAUGGCAUUUUGAAAUUUUCAAUUAAUGGGACGAAAACUGGUGUGAAAGCAAUGUUGCUUGCUGGCUCAAUCAUUGGAAUCACACUUCACGUGGCUGCCUAUCGUGCCCAUUUUUCGCCUUUUUAUUUUCCAGCGUUUUCAGGUGCUGUCUCGGGAGUUUUACAUGGAGUCGGAGGAAUUUUUUCGUUUCCGCUGGGAGUCAUUGGAGUGGCCAAAGCAAUUGGACUCGGCAUCAGCUCAGGCUUCACCCUCGCUGCGGGCUACCACCUUUUUGCUUUAAGCAUCGACAAAACGGCAGAUGAAUCUUAUUGGUAUUUUAAAAAUGAGUAUGAAAAGGAACUACAAAGCAAGGUUGAUUUUGAUGCAAAAGUUCGUCGAGUAAUGGAAGAGAAUCCUGAUAUGUGGUGGAAGGCAAAGGCUAUAAAAUAUGUGAAACAACUUGAAGAACAAGAACGACAGAAACACGAUUUU